CACGACGACGCGUGCCUUGACUUAUAAUGUCAAUAAUAAUAGAUGAAUGAGACGAACUAUAUUAGGUAUAAAAAGUAUUAUAAGGCCUUCUUCGUGCUUUUUCUAGUACAAACUUUUUAUUAAAUUGACAUCACAAAAAAUAACAAUUUAUUGACAAUUACUGGAACGUCAUUUUUUAUACACAUCGCUUUAUCGCUUUCUUGGCGAUUAAUUUUAGUUAUAAUUUCGUAAAAAAUGUUUUAUAUUGUAUAUUGUUAGAACUUCAGCAUUCAAUUGAAUAGCAGCGAUGUCGAUCUUCAGAUAUAUUUUCAGAACUGCAGCUUCGAAUCCGAUCGAGGCACGAUUUAAUGUUAUCACCAGAUACCAUUGCCUGAUUUACUUUGUAGUAUUUUUAAGCAAAAUCCCAGCAAUAUGGCAUAUACUCAACCUGAUGAUCUUAAAUCCUCCUAUAACGUACACAUGUGGUGGAGGCGGCGGUGGUACUGAUCGACUACGACUUGUGAGCAAGGAAGAGUGUCCAUGCACCAGCCCUACGUGGGACAGGAGCGUGUUCUCGGAGACUGUACAGACUAAAUUUGGGUUAAUAUGUGAUAGAAAAAAAGAAAUCAGCUUAUCGGAAACAUGUGCAUAUGGUGGAAUGUUAGUCGGAGCUUUCUUAUUUGGAUUAUUAUCUGACAGAUUUGGUCGACUAAUUAUGUUCAGCAUAAGCUUCGUUCUCACCGGAAUCGCUGGAGUUGCUGUCAGCCAGUCACCAAACAUGAAAGCAUUCUACGCCUUCAGGUUCUUCGAAGGCCUCGGUGCCGGUGGAACCAUCGUCACCAGCUUCGUACUGUUAAUCGAAUACACUGGAAUGAAAUAUCGAGAAACUGUCACAGCGGUGUACCACUUGCCUGUUAAUUUAAGUCAUCUGUUACUAGCUGGAGUAUCGUAUGGACUGAGAAACGCUUUUGACUUUCAGCUAGCGGUUUCUGUUCCCAUGUUCUUGUUCGGAUUUGCUGUUUUCUUUUUAAACGAAUCUCCGUUGUGGCUUCUAACUAGAAAGUACAAAUCACGAACUGUGAAGGCGAUGCAGUCGAUUGCGAAGUUUAAUAAGAAGCCAGAUACAGCUAUCAGCGGAGAUAUAGAUGCAUACUACUACAGUACCCAAGGCGCUCAGCAAGAGAAAAUUCAACUCUACCACAUAUUCAAAUAUAGAAGACAUACCCUCAACCUUUUUAUCAUGGCUUACAUGUACCUCGUUUGCGGCAUGGGAUACUACGGUGUUUCACAGUAUAUAUCCAAGAUGAGUGGUAAAAUCCAUGUGAAUAUAGCAAUUUCUGCUAUCCUUGUGAUGCCAGGUACUCUUUUGAGUGUGUACCUGCUCAACAAAAUUGGAAGGAAACCUUUUCUUUUUUCUACUAAUUUAUUGGCUGGCGCAUUUAUGUUAAUUACUGUUAUAGUGCCUAGUAACUGUGAUCCAACAUGGCCAAGAGUGCUCUUUGCAUGCAUUUCAAAUUGUUUCUUUUUCAUGUCAUUUAUAGUGGUGUUCCUUUACGGGGUGGAGCUAUUCCCGACUCAGAUUCGUAAUUCGGCGCUUGGUGUUUUGUCUGUACUGUCCAGGGCCGGUAUGAUGAUUGCUCCGCAGAUCAAUAUUCUGAAUCCGAUUGUUGCGGGUUAUGUGUUCGCGGUACUGGCUCUUUUGGGCAGCCUCUUGGUUAUUUGUUUACCUGAGACAAAGAACAAGGAGCUGCCGUCAACUUUGAAAGAUCAAGAGCGUAGGUAGCCAUCAGACAAAACAUUUUUUUUAAUGUUGCGUUCAUGAUUUAGACUUAUUUGGGGGUUACUUAGCGAAGAUUUCAUCAUUUCCUCAUGGAUGCGUAGUAGGAUCUGGGAUUCGGUGGGAUUAACCAUAAUAAACGCGAUUUAAUUUCAUUUAUUGGCCUUUAAAAUUUCGUCCUAAAAGUCAUUAAAUAUCAAGAAAUUCAACAAACACUUAUGCUGAAUAUAAUGCUAUUCAAAUGAUUCACAAGCAGACAGAACUUUUCGCAGCAAAAACAAGUGUUCAGAAAAUAAAACAACGAUUGAAUUGUUACAAAUCACAAAUCAAUUACAAAUCGGCACAUAAUUUUUACGUACACCUAUUUGGAACCUAAAUAUUAUAAAAACGGAAACUGUAGUAGGUUAGUGCCAAAAUAUAAGAAAACUAAUUUAAUGGAUUUGCGCUGACUUCCAGUGCAAUAUUCGUAUAUCUAAAUCCAACUGUGUAUGUUUUCUGGGCGCAAAUCUUGACCUGUAAUCGGUGGAAUAUGCAAAUUGACAAAGUUAAUAGGAAAUUGGCUAGCACAUGCUAUGCGUUAAAAAUUUUAUCUAGUAGCAAUAAGUUGAACAAAGAUUUAAGUGGUUAUGAUUUGUGAUGAUAUGAAACUAUUUGACAUGUAAGUGAAAUAACAUUUAAGUGAAAUACUUUGCUAAUGUAUUAAAUUAACUCGACAUUUUUCAAUUUACAUUAAAAUGGUAUGCUAUAUUUUUUGUUUGUUUUAUUUGUGUUAUUUGAUCUAUUUUUAUUUUUGUGAUCUAUUAUAAGUGAAUUAAACUGUAUUUGCAUGACUGCAACUGUGCUCACCUAUAGCAAAUCUAAUAUAUUGAUUUGGUUUGAUUUGAUUUGAUUGAAAGAAGAUAAUUAUCAGACGUGUUCUGUAUUUCGCAGUAGGUAGCUAUAUUCUUUAACCAUCUUAAAAAUAUCUACCUUAAGAUAACAUCAAUAACAGAUAUGUCGAUAUUUCAUUUUGCCAAUCACUUUUUUAACACGAGAAGUUUUGUCUGUUAAAAAGUUUUAACAGUAAACAAUAUAAAUUCACUACAAAUUUGCCUUAAAAAUCAAUCUCGAUGUCAGUAUUACACCGGUUUUCGAGUUUUUCAAGGUUAUAAGUACGGCCCAAUUCGAACUUUAAGAUAUAUCAAAUAUUAGGUCUAGAUACGAUAUGGAUCGGAUAUCAGUGUCAAAAGUGACGUUUUGGUUUGAAGAAAAUACCAAAAAACAUGUGUAUAUUAUAUUAUUAUUAAUAAAAAUGUCUAAUUCUGAUUGUAAUUCAUCAAAGAAUCAUCUUUUAUAGAGUUCCCGUACCUACGCAUUUGCUAAACAAGCAAAGCUAAUUGUGUAUUUUCUUUGAGGACCCCUUAGAGCAUAAUAAUAUAAUGUAAUUCUAGAUAAUUUUGUGUAUGAUAUUUAAACUACAGUUAAGUAAUUUUUUUUUCUUUAUAGUAUUAUUUGCGAGGUUUUUUAUUGUUGAGGUUUAUAUCUAAGUAUUAUUGUUUUCCUUUAAUUAAUUUCGACAUUGUAAUCAUUAUACCUAAAUCAUUUCUUGUUUUUAAUAUUUUUUGGAAUAGCUUAUUUUCACUGUUUGUACAACUUUAUAAUGACACGGGCAAGGGCAGCAUCCGUUCUGUGUAGUAACCCUUAAAAGUGUCAAAAGGGCAUCUACGUGUUAGCUUCGCCUCCGCGCAGCCUCCCAAAUGUCCGGAACACCAUCGUUCCGUGAUGGGUAAAACAUACAAAUAAGAGAACAUCAUCCGCGAGCAUUUAAUUAUGCAUGUUGUGUCCAGUAUUUCAGGCAAAACAUUAGCUCUAACAUAUUUGUUUUGCAGUAUUGUACAGUCGCCAUCAGAUAUAUUAGAGCGGCCAAGGUGUUCAUAAAUAUCUGAACCGGUCUCUAGUCAAGGCGUUAGAGUGCAUAUUCAGUUAUUUUUAAGUACCUCGGCCGCUUCGAUAUACUUAUGGCGAAUGUACAUACCUAUUUUAAUUUAUUUUCUGUCUAUGUCUGUAUAUCUUUCAAUAAAGUAUUAAUAUUUGAGAAAA